UGAGUCCAAUCCGGGUCCCGAUGGCCCGAUACCGCUUACUAAAAAUCUUCAUUCCAAAUAUUGACGUAUACGGUUUUCUGGUCUUCUUUCAGCCUUCGUCUCGCACCAAAAGUUCAAAACCCUUCUGCAACCUAGACGGUGAAAGACGAGUCCACAACGGCGAAUUCCCUCUCCCUGUCUCUCGUAAAAUGUCUUCUUUUACAACUGCACAAGGGGUUCUUGAGGUUGCAAAAUUCGCUCUUUAUGUGACAGUUCCUGCUGCUCUCAUGUACACGUUUGCCCACAACUCUGACAAUCUCAAGAAAGUAAUGGGAAAUCGUUCUUAUGUGGUGUAUCCCCCAGAAGGUCCUCGACCUCAAUCUCCCGAAGAACUCCGUGAAAUGGCUCGAGAAAUAGCUCGCAAGAACAACAUGCGUUAGGGCUUGUACUGUUGUACACAAGUAGUAAAAGUAUCCACCUAUUUCUCUGUAAAUAUUAUUGCAACCAGAACCUAUGCAGAUGAAAUGAGUGCUUAUUUUUUAUUUUUAUUUGAAUAUAAAGGUAAGCCAAAGGAAAUUAAAGGUCAACAAUGUACUCCAUACUAUGUACUAUUUAUCAAUCUGCACUUCAAAGAGUGAUACAGAAAAGCCUGCGGUGUA